CACAUCCCACGGCUGCCGCAGCGCGGCACAGUGUUUUGUCGCCUGCCGGCAGUUAUCAUUAGGUGAGGAGACGCUGGAGUUUUUGACCCUGAAAAUGAACUUUAGGAGGAUUUUCCUAGUCAAGUGCUUGCUGCUUUUAUUUCCCAGUGUAAAAUGUGCUGUCAUCAAAUGGAUUUACAUGGCAGUGAAUGACUCGGUUCUUCUUAGCGUUGCUGCUGCUGGGAGCAUACACGAAGCAACGUGGAUGAGAAGCGAGAGGUUAGUUCAGAUAAAAGAUAUGAAAACCAAGUAUUAUGUUAAUAAAGAUGAGUGCAGAUGUAAGAUAUUCCUGAAUGGGACUCUGCAAAUCCAGCGGCUGGUGAAAAGCGACAGUGGAAAGUACACAGUCCUUGUUUAUGACCAGGAUGGAAAGUUUAAGGCAGAAGAGGAUACAAUGCUCGUCGUUCAGGACCCCGUCCCUCAGCCAAACCUCAGUGUUGACUGUGUUAAUAGAUCCAUAUUGGUGACAUGUGAAGGGAAGCAGAAGACUGAGGACCAUACAUUUACAAUAGAAGUGACACAAGAUAAAAUCAAAAAAAUCCAAAAGAAUGCGACAAAGGUGCAAUUUCAUACACGUUAUUCUGGGACGUUCAGAUGUGUGGUGAAGAACCAAGUCAGCGAAAAAGCAGCUGAGAAGAAAAUCAAGUGUUCAGGCCAGCUGGACCUUUAUCUCAUCUUAAGCAUAGUAGGAGGUGUAAUCUUCUUUGUCAUCUUCAUGAUUUUGCUUAUUUACUGUAUCAGGAAGAAGAGAGCAGAAAGGCUUGAAGAAGAUGAUGAAGAGAGAAUGAUGCAAAUUCGCCAGGUAGACACAGAAAUGAUGGUCCGGGAGCUCCCUCAGCUGCCAUCCAACCCUCCCCUGAAGCAGCCGCGCGUGCAGCAGAGGCCUCUGCCACAGCCACAGCCACAGCUACAGCCACAGCUGCAGCAGCAAGCAGUGCCUCCACGGCCCAGGCCACGCACUCAGCCGCGAACUCCAAACCGCCCAAGAGAAAGACCUUAAAUGGCCACCCUGGGCAGGAUGGAGGACACUCUGCUCCAUGAUUCACUGGAAAAAGAAAGUUUCUAAUAGGAACCCCUCCUACCCUAGGCUUGCAUAAUGCUCAGCUAUGAAAUGGCAGCUUUUCUUGCAGAAAAUUAGAGAGUGCAUCAAACGGCUCCAGGUGGAGAAGAUUCGUGGUGAUGGAGGUUUAUCCCUGUGGUCAUUCUUCUUCAAGUGACUCCAGGCUAGGGUAUGGAGUAUUGAGCCUUGAAACCUGUGUCUUUCUGUGAUUCAUUUGUUUUUAUUGCACCUCAUUGUUGUCUUGUUUUUUUGGAUGGAUUAUAUCAAGAAGGAUCUAAAGCUCUAGUGAGACAACAUGGGCUUAUUGCUCUUAUGUGGUUUUGUCACGUGUUUUUCUUUUCCGCUUCCACACAUUCAGACAGCCCUCUGGCU